AAUUGUCGCACCUAGACGGCGACAUAGAGCUCGAGUCUGCGAAAAAACAACAACAUUUCAGCCUCUUUUCCUCCUGGCCAAAAUGCCUGAGCACGUUUGAGUGACCAUGGAGCGCGUUUGCCGUCAUGUAGUGAAACGUUGACACACGGAGGAUUUAUCUCGGAGGAAUGAAAGUUUAAAGAGCACCGGAGGAGGACAACAUGGCUGUGCGGGAGGAAGGAGAGGGUUUGCACAGUAAAAGCAGACAGCACGAUGGUGUUGGUGGCAAUGCAAACAGCGCGGAGAGCCUCAGGAACGGCUAUGUGAAGAGCUGCGUCACUCCGUUAAAACAAGACCAUCCGAGGGGCUUUUUGUUCAACGUCUGCAGGCUUUGCAAUGAGGAUAUCCUCAAGUCCAAACUAUUCCGCGGCUCGGCUCUCUACGUGGGAGCGCUGGCAGUUCUGGCGCUCUCCUGCUUCAUUUCUUGGAGCUUUCAGAGUGAACACGGCGUCUCGGAGCUGCGGACUUUACUCUUUGAUUUCUCCCAGUCCAUCAGUCCUUUAUUCAGCAUCGGGUGCGCGUAUUUCUUCCUCACCCUCUACCUGAGGCGGACGAAGAGGGAAAGCAGCAGAUGUUGGCUUUUGUCCUUACCAGCAUCAUGCUACUUGGGGGAUUUGAUGGUCUUGCGCUUGUUGCAGUGGGGAGAGGAGCACCAUCAGAUGCAAAUGAUGGGCAGGUUGCUGUUUGUGCUGGGCUGCGUGGGUCUGCUCACUCUCAUCCCCACUCUCAAACUCAAACACAGCGUCCUGAUCCUGGUCUUCGCCAGCAUGGUGUGGCUGCUGUCCUUCACCAGCCUCGGCUGCCUGUCUCCGUCCCUCAGGCCGGUGCUGGCGUGUAUGGCGGGGGUCUCCGGCACUCUGCUGGCGCUUUGUUUUGAUCACUAUUACCCACCGAGGGAGACGGCCGGCAGGAUUCCUAACGCGGAGGAGAAGGUUCCCGUCAUCAGACCCAGGAGAAGGUCCAGCUGUGUUUCUUUGGGAGAGACCUCCAGCAGUUAUUAUGGCAGUUGUAAGAUGCCCCGCAGACCUUCUCUGCCCUGUAUAUCCAGAGAACAGAUGAUCCUGUGGGACUGGGACCUGAAACAAUGGUACAAGCCACAAUAUCAGGGUGCAGUGAGUGGAAGCGGCGUGGAUCUCUCUGUGAUAAACGAGGCCAGGAACCUGGUCUCAGACCUGCUGAUGGACCUGUCUCUCUCACCCCACGUCAUCUCCUCACUGCGCAGUGUCAGCAGUCUCAUGGGAGCUUUCUCUGGGUCCUGCCGGCCCCGGGUCAACCCCUUCACCCCCUUCCCUGGUUUCUACCCCUGCGCUGAGAUAGAAGACCCCUCAGAGAGAGGAGAGAGAAAGCCACUGAAGGGUCUAAGCAGCAGGAACAGUCUCCCUACCCCUCAGCUGAGGCGCAGUUCAGCCUCUUCCUCUCUGCCCCCACUGGAGUCUGCCUCCUCACGCUGGGAACGCACCAAUGGAAAGAGAUCUCACUUUGAGCUCAGCAGCCAGAGUUGUGUUUCUAAUGGGCCCAACAGCAACUUGCUGACUAUUCCUAAACAGAGAUCCUCCUCCGUCACCCUCUCCUACAGCCACACUCUACCCAGAAGACCAGGUGCUUCUCCCAGCCUAAGUCCUGUCAGCUCCCCGAGUCACAGUCCCCCUGCUGCUCCCGGAUCCUCUCUGGUCACACGCUCUCCAGUGGAGUUCCCCGACACCGCUGAUUUCCUCACCAAGCCCAGCGUAAACCUGCACAAACCACUGGGCUACACGCUAAGCUCACCUGAUUUCCAGCAACAUUAUCGAGGUCCUGCCUCAGCCCCCUUGUGCACCAGUUGUGGCCGACAGAUGCUGAAAGGUGUGGCCAGCAUAGAGGUGGGUGAGGGCCAUCACACAACAGCCAAUGAGAUGCAAAGAACACGCUCAGCUGAAGGAGCAGAGUAUGGUGGGGAAAACUUGAUCCGAGAGGAGAGCUUGGAGGCUCAGGAGGAGAGGACUCCAGACACAGCGGGUGAAAAACUAAAUAGCCAGCCUGAGGAAGAGGAACAGACCUCCAGUACAGAGCAGUCCUCAUUGGAUCCUGAGGGAGACGAGGAGCUCAGGUUGGACUCUAUGCUGGUGGACCAUGAAGCACUCAUGGAAAAGAUCAACACCUGGAACUUCCAGAUCUUUGAGCUCAUGGAUAUGACAGGAGGAAAGACUGGCAGUAUUCUCAGCUAUGUGGCGUACACUUUGUUCCAGGACACGGGUCUGUUAGAGAUCUUCAAAAUCCCUGUGCGGGAAUUCAUGACGUACUUUUGCGCUCUGGAAAACGGCUAUCGUGAUAUCCCCUAUCACAACCGUGUCCAUGCCACUGACGUCCUUCAUGCAGUGUGGUAUCUUACCACCCGGCCAAUCCCAGGCUUUCAGCAGAUCCAUAAUGAGCAUGUCACGGGAAGUGAUACAGAUUCGGACAGUGGAAUUUCCCCAGGCCGGGUGGCAUAUGCCACAUCCAAAAGUUCCUCAUUCUCGGAUGACAGUUACGGCUGUCUGGCCUGGAAUAUCCCUGCGCUGGAACUCAUGGCACUAUAUGUAGCAGCUGCUAUGCAUGACUAUGAUCACCCUGGUCGCACAAAUGCCUUUCUCGUAGCCACUAACGCUCCUCAGGCGGUGCUGUAUAAUGACCGUUCAGUUUUGGAGAACCACCAUGCAGCCUCUGCCUGGAGCCUGUUUCUUUCCCAGCCGGAGUUCAACUUCCUAUGCAGUUUGGACCACGUUGAGUUUAAGCGCUUUCGCUUCCUAGUCAUCGAGGCCAUUCUCGCAACAGACCUGAAGAAGCACUUUGACUUUCUAGCAGAGUUUAAUUCCAAGGUUAAUGAUGUGAGUAGUCCAGGCAUCGACUGGACUAAUGAAAAUGACAGGUUGUUAGUGUGCCAAGUGUGCAUUAAGCUGGCAGAUAUUAACGGGCCAGCCAAAGACCGCAGCCUUCACCUCAAAUGGACAGAGGGUAUCGUCAAUGAGUUUUAUGAGCAGGGUGAUGAAGAAGCCACUCUAGGAUUACCCAUCAGUCCUUUCAUGGAUCGCUCAGCACCACAGUUAGCAAAGCUGCAGGAGUCUUUUAUCACACACAUUGUCGGGCCUCUUUGUAACUCCUAUGAUGCUGCCGGCCUGCUGCCAGGAUACUGGAUUGAUGAGGAGGGAUCAGACGAUGAAGAAGAGACGGAAGACUUUGAAACAGAAGAUGAGGAGCUGGACGAGGAUCUUGAACCAAAGAGGAGGAAGGGUCGACGUCGGCUAUUCUGCAGCAUCAUGCAGCACUUAACAGAGAACCACAAGGUGUGGAAGAAGACCAUCGAAGAAGAGGAGAAGGCCAAAGAGCUGGAGACUCAGCAGCAGCAGCAAUCCGAGAGUCCCAGCCUUCCUCCGUCCACCUCCUCCUCCGAUGACAUCCAGGUCAUUCAAGAGGAGGCCGAGGAGGAGGAACGGCAGUAGCAAGAGGAGAAGAUCAAGAAAUGAAGCUCACUGAAGGGCUUAAACAGAGCAAGAACUCUAGGCAUUCCACUAGAAUAAUGAGAGGAGGACGGGGAGGUGGAGAUGAACCCGGGUCUCUUUCUCGCUCGGUCUGCUUCACCUCAACAAAAACUCAUUUUGUCUCUGUAGAGGAAAGUUCUCAAGUAGGCAAUGUAAAUCAAACUAGUAUAUUUAAGAGUAAAAAAAAAUGUAAAUGUGCACAUUUUACUACCAAACAAGUGUUUAACCUCUGCACAGAAAGAAUACUUGCAUAUAUAAAUAUAUAUAUAUAAUAUUAUAUAUUUUUUAAUUAAUCAACAAUGCGUCUGUUUUCUACAUACAGCUGACAUAUAUUGUACAUUGAGACCAUGUAAUUAUCAUCUUGUUUCAGGAGUUUUUUUUUUAU